AACAGGUAGUGCUUAUUGGAUGAAACGAAAUUUUUUGACCGUAAUGAGUUGUUUGUUUGUUAGUGUAUAAUACUGUUAUUUAUAUAAGUUACGUUUUACAUCUUAUAUUGAAUUAUAUUGUUUUAUAAAAUGAACAAUUCAUCAGAUCCUAGACGUCCAGAACGAGAAAUUCGUUACAAACCCAGUGUGUUGAGCAGUCAGGCACAACCAGGCGACUAUUCUUCGCCAGAUUAUAUGAAUAUAUUAGGAAUGAUCUUUAGCAUGUGUGGUUUAAUGAUGAGAUUAAAAUGGUGUGCAUGGGUUGCAUUGUAUUGUUCAUGUAUUAGUUUCGCAAAUUCUAAAAUGAGCGAUGAUACUAAACAAAUUCUUAGUAGUUUUAUGUUAUCUAUAUCAGCAGUUGUAAUGUCGUACUUGCAAAAUCCACAACCCAUGACUCCACCAUGGGCAUCUGCAAUACAAUAAAGAACUUCCAAAAUUUCCACGUGGUUCUU